AUGUCUUUUCCGUCUGGACACUCUUCUAUUUCCAUGUAUGGCAUGCUGUUCUUGGCGGUAAGUUAAUUAUAGCAACGUACGCUUACCAGUUUCAUAUUUUCGACAGUGAACUGGAACUAGUUUGAAGACAAGGCAACCGAGUAGGGUUAUAAACAAGCCUCGACUACACGCUAUUGCCAGUUUAUUGCCGAGCCAACUAUAUUGGAACCAUAGUGAACAGGAGGGGAGAAAACUGACUGAAAGUUUCUGCGAACAUCUCCAAGACAUAAAAAUAAUUUCCAAAGAACCAUCAAAACUAUUCCUUUAUCCAGAUCAUUUUAACACAGGGAAAUCUGUGGUCUCUCCCUAGAUUCACGUUUUUUAGAAAAGGCAGAAAACCGUAGGAAUUUCAAUGGAACAAAACUGGUCUGAGUUGCAGACGUCAAAAGGGGAUGGACAAUAAGGGAAAACUAGGAGAGGGGAAUUUACUGUCUCUUUCGCCAUUGAGCGCUUUUCUUCUGUUUUUUUCUCCGCCCCACCCGGGGAAAAAAAACGCGGACAGUUGACUUUCCGAUUUCUUUUUUCGUAUUAGGAAGUUUAGCCGAGCCUUAGGGAUGUCCUAGUUGCCUAACAAAGGAAAGUUGGAAAAAAAUAAAUAAUAAUAAUAAUAAUUUACUAUUAUUAUUUUUUUGUAUGUUCCUAAAAUGAACCGUCGAUCUUUAUCUCCCUAGUUGUAUCUUCAAGCUGCUGUGAGGACAGAAACCACAUUACUCAAGCCGUUGCUGCAGGUCGUUUCUGUCUCGUUGUCUCUGUUCGUUGGCUGGAGCCGAAUUGCUGAUAACAAGCAUUUUUUAACCGAUGUUCUGGCUGGAUUUGUACUUGGAGCCAUUUUUGCAUGGUUUGUGGUGAGUCUGGCCCUGUAUUUGCUGUAAUCAAACCUGCUUCUACAACCUUCCCGCACUGCCUCGUUUGCUGCAAGUUUUGCUCACGCGUCCCAGAACUUGACUGUCUUUUCUGAAGUAUUUAUUUCUCAUCUGAUACUUUCGUUCCUCUGAAAACUGCUCUUUUUCGAGAUAGAGAGAAACCCCGAGAGAGAUGCCUAACGAGCAGAAGUUUUUCUCUUUUAUGACUUUUUACGCUAACGAAGUCGUUUGCGUCGUUUGUCAGUCGCGUAUGGGCAGAGAGAAAAAAAAAACGUGACGAGCACUCCGCGGCGCAGGACGCUUUCCCUCUGUGUCAGAUCUCUUUGGGAUCUGGAAUUGAUUUCGUGACCCAGCGAAUAUGUAAGAGAAUAAAGAAUGGAUUUUUAUCUUUCAUUGCAGGCUUUCGAGAUCCUGAAGCUUUUUGCUAUUCGAAUUCGCAAGCCAAAAGUGUACACACUGUUGCCGCAACAACAGCGAACGUCUGCCUCAGAUGAAUGA